CUCAGAACAUCUCCAUUGAUGAACGAAUGGUGGCAUCGAAGGCUAGAAAUGGACUCAAACAAUACAUGAAGAACAAACCUACAAAAUGGGGGUACAAACUUUUUGUACUGGCAGAUUCCCUGUGUGCCUACACUUGGGACUUCUUCAUUUAUGAAGGCAAGGUCAAUUCCGAGAAGAGCAAAGGCAUUAGUUAUGAUUCUGUCAUGAGUCUGACAAAUGAAAGGUUGUUGGGAAGCGGCUACAAGCUGUUUGUUGACAACUUUUACACCAGUCCCAAGCUCUUCAGAGACCUGCUCAGUAAAAAGAUCUGGGCUUGUGGCACCAUUCGUGCAAACCGCUUUGGCCACUCAAAGACACGGGCUCCUCGUGGCAAUAUUCGCUGGUUUAGGGAAGACAAUCUGCUUUUUGUUGAGUGGAAGGACAAGAGAGACGUGCUGAUGUGCUCCACCUUUCAUAAAGCCUUUAAUGGAGACUCUAUUAAGAGGAAUGUGAAAGGAGCCGAUGGAGUUUGGGCCAUUCAGGAUUUCCCCGUUCCAGCCGCAGUGCUGGAUUACAACAAGCACAUGGGAGGAGUGGAUCUGUCUGACGCCCUUAUAGGAUAUUACACAGUUCUGCAUAAAACAAAAAAAUGGUAUCGGUCCUUUUUUUACCACUUUGUGGACAUCGCUGUAGUCAAUGCCUUCAUUUUGCACCAGCAGAUGGCCAAGAUGAAGAACCAGAAGCCUCUGACCCAGAAGGACUUCCGGGAGGCGCUUGUUGCAGAGCUUGCGGGAACAGGACCUGCAUCCGCCUCUGCACAAGAACGACAGGUUCCUGCUACAGAUUCCCACCUGCCCAAGUACACCAAAGGAGACAGCACUUUUGGAAGACGGAAAUGCAAACUGUGUUCCAGUAAAACUCCAGUCACGUGUGCAACUUGCCGGGUGCAUUUAUGCUUUGUUCCAAAGCGUGACUGUUACAGUAAAUGGCAUGAAUUAGCUGAUGAGUCUGACGCAGAGUAAUGCCCAAGGUACACACUACACUCUAGAGCUUGCGAACAGUUGAACGCAUAGCCAUUCAAAAUAUACUCUAUUUGACUGGGUGCGUGAACGCAGAUGCCGGUCACAUGCCCUCUAGGAUGUUUCAUCUUUGUCCAGCAUCUACACUUUUUCUCCAGAGGUUUUGACAGAUAAAAAUAUCUUUGUACUCUUUUAAUCUAAAGUUGCACCUAUCUCUCAUGCACACGAGUGCUUGUCAAUGCAGGCGUCUGUUGUUGUUGCAGUCUCUCAAUUAGUUUGGUCUCGUUUUGUUUUCUAUUGUGAAACAAUGGCCAGUGUUGCCACCUAGUGGAAUAACUGAUUUGUGCAAAACAAAUUUAAUGCACAUACAAAGUAGGUGUAGUUACAAAAAUUGGAUGGUGAGCGUAAGGUACACAUGUACUUUUCUGGUGGAAAAUUUGUAUCACACACACUGAACCAGUACCCUCGCAUACAGGUAAAACCUGAAGUAUAGUUUGGGCUAAAUGCUUACAGUGCAGUUUAUUCAUAAACAAGUCCAAACUGCCAACCAAAACCCAGAAAUCAAGAUAACCAGAAAUGCAACAUGAAACUAGCAAGACAUUGAUGACAGACUAAUGGCAUGUGAUGCUUAUAAAUACUAAUAAACUGGAAAUAUCUUAAAGGCAUUUUAGCUUUUAGUGGUAGUUUUGAGUACUUGCAUUGCAAGUAAAUAUGAAAAAAUCUCCCAUGUUUAUUCUGUUGUGCUGGAAGCACACGGGAACUAUUUUCAUGCUAACUUGGCUGUAAAAUCUGUUUGGAACGGUUUGUAAUUGUACCAAAACAUGUUCCAAUAGAAAUGCUAUUGGUACCGAUACCUGUCAGAUUCUGAGCUAUGUGACCUGAUGAUGGAAAGGUGCUUAAUAUUAGUCUUAUAACUGUGUAGACAUUAACAACACAUUUUAUAUUGGUGUUCUAAAGGUGUAAAAAU